AUGGCACCCCUACCAAAUCAUCGGCGGCCAAAUGGACCCCAGCGCAUCCCCCCGCCCUACUGGCGCGACCGUUUACGCAAAGCGCGCGCCCUCGGCUUAAACACUAUCUUCACCUACACGUUUUGGAACAUGCUGGAGCCUAGCCAAGGACACUGGGACGAGAGCGAAGGCCAGGGCAUAGCCACUUUUUUCAAAACCGCGCAGGAGGAAGGACUCAAUGUAGUCCUCCGCCCAGGCCCGUACAUUUGCGGGGAACGCGAAUGGGGGGGCUUCCCCGCGUGGUUGGCGAGCGUGGAUGGGAUGGUGGUAAGGAGUAACAACGCGCCGUUCCUCUCCGCAGCGUCCAGCUAUCUUGAGAAUUUGGCCAGGGGCUUAAGAGGCUUGCAUGUUAACGAAGGAGGCCCGAUUGUCAUGCUACAAGUUGAGAAUGAAUAUGGGAGCUAUGGGGAUGAUCACAGUUACACUUCUGCUGUUAAAGACCUUUUGAAGAAAGCCUUUGGGGGGGAUAAAGUGCUGUAUACGAAUGAUGGGACGGAGGAGUGGACGCUUGAAGGGGGGAGUGUGCCUGGUGUACUUGCUGAAAUAGACGGCGAUCCGAGGGCGGGGUUCGCGGCGCUGAGGAAGUACAUCACUGACCCCUCUAUGAAAGGCCCGCUGCUAGACGGCGAGUAUUACACGUGGACGUUCGAUAGCUGGGGGUAUAAUCGCAGUACGCCUAACACGCAGGCUUUUGUAGACGACAUCGGCUACGUGCUUGGAAACGAGAGCGCGGGGAUAAGUUUGUACAUGGUGCACGGCGGGACGAAUUUCGGGUUUGGCAAUGGUGCGCUGUGGCAGGGGAAGACGAGGGCGUUUACGACGAGUUAUGAUUAUGGGGCGCCGGUUGAUGAGGCGGGGAGGACGGGGGAGCUUUACGACACGCUUCGCGGCACGAUAUUGAAGUAUGUGGAUGGGGGUGCGCCAGAUGUUCCGGAUAAUAUCCCGUUGAAUGAGAUUCCGGCAUUCGAGCUUAAGCCGGCGAGACCGCUUUUCGAGACGCUCGAUGCUGGGAAUGUGGUGGAGAGUAAGGAGCCACUGAGUAUGGAGGCGCUGGGCCAGGCAUACGGCUUCACGCUCUACACGCACAUUACCGCCGUUCCUCUCUACGGUCUGCUUUCCCCGGGGGACCGUGCGAGAGACCGCGUUAUCGUUUACGUUAAUGAUAUCUUCGCCGGCGUGGUGGAUUCUACAUAUACAUAUCCCCAGAACGUCACUGUUAAGCUGGAAAAAGGCGACAAAUUAGACCUCCUAGUCGAGAAUCUGGGGAGGGUGGAUUAUUACUCUCGCGGGACGGAGUUUUCCAACGGUAUACUAGAUCCGUAUAAAGGUAUUGUGGGAGAUGUGAGGUUUGGAAAUACGACGUUGGAGGGGUGGAAAAUGCAGGUCAUCCCCUUGACGCAUCUUCCCGACUUGGAGCGAGGCGGAUACAACACUGGCAUCAGUUCGACUCAGCCUAUAUUCUUCACCGGGAAUUUUGAAGCUCAGACCACUGGCAAGGAUGCCGCAGCUCUAGAUACAUACCUCACCAUCCAGAACGGUGUGAAGGGAAAUGUCUGGGUUAACGACUUCCACCUCGGCCGGUACUGGAACAGAGGACCGCAGCAGAGUUUGUACCUUCCUGGCACGGUGUUGAAUGAUGGUGUGAAUAAGGUUGUAGUAUUAGAAGUAGAACCUUCACGUGUGCAGGGCCAGAUGAAGGGCGUCGGAAUCAGUCAGCGUGUCUGGGAGACGAGGGGGGAUGUGGAUUGUCCGGGCUGUGUAUAG